AUGGGGUUUGUUGAUGUUGAUUUGGACGUAGUUAGAUGUGCUCAUUCUGGAUCCAUUGCAGAUUUGCUCAUUCAGGAUCCAUUCUAUAAGAUGCGGUGUGUAGUUGGAUAUGUUUUUAGCCUGUGCUCUGGAGGCCAUCUGCAAGGUUUCAUGAUUAUUAUUGGAGGUAGCCAGAUGGGGGUUUCUAUUACUAAGGGGGUGAUGACUGAUGAGUAUGAGUUUGAUUCUGAGUUUGAACCACUUUUGAGCUCGCUGGGACCUAUCCCGCUAAAAACACUCAGAUCAAGUGUUUCUACUGGCCAGGUAGGGGUAAAUAUGAUGUACGGAAGCAUUCGGGAUGAUAUCGGCAGUAAGUUCUCCAAGAUGAAAGUUCUUGGCUUGGGAAACCAAUUAUCAGGCAAGAUACCUGACAGCAUUCAGAAUUACAUAGUGUUGGGCUGGUUAUUGUUAGACAAUAAUUCCUUUGAGGGAAGGAUACCUCAGUCACUGAAGAAUAUAAAGGGGCUCAGUAAACUAAACCUGACCAUGAAUAAGUUCUCUGGUAAUAUUCCAGACUCCCUUGGUAGUAUUGAAAACCUGCAGGAACUGUACCUAGCACACAAUGAGUUAUCAGGAUCAAUCCCGUCAGUUCUACAGAAUUUGACAUCGUUGUCCAAACUGGAUGUAUCCUUCAAUAAUUUGCAAGGCGAGGUGCCACAUGGAGUCGUUUUCAGAAACAUGACUUACACAGCAGUUGAUGGCAAUAUUAAUCUACGCGGUGGUGCACCCCAACUUCACUUGGCUUCAUGCCCCACAAACCCCUUAAGUAAGGACAAAAAAAGGAUGCAAAAGUCGCUUUUAGUUUCUAUAGCGGCAAUUGGAGCAAUCUUCUUGUCACUUUCAGUUAUUAUUCUUGUUUGGAUAUUUCACAAGAAGCUCAAAAAAUGCCAGAAGACAAUAGUGCAAUAUUUAGUCGGUGAGGACCAUUACAAGAGAAUCCCCUAUCAUGCAUUAUUGAGAGGAACUAACGGAUUUUCAAAUGAUAAUUUUCUUGGCAGAGGAAGCUAUGGUGUGGUUUAUAAAUGUGUCUUGGACAAUGAGGAAAGAACCCUAGCUGUCAAGGUGUUUAACCUUGGUGAAUCCAAGUGUUUCAAGAGUUUUGAGGCUGAAUACAUGAGCGCCCUAGUUGGAGAUUUUGGCAUAUCAAGGAUCAUUCAAGAAAAUACAAGUGAGACGAUGCAUAUCUCAUAUAGCUCAACUGGAAUUAGAGGUUCCAUAGGCUAUGUUGCUCCAGAGUAUGGAGAAGGCUCUGUGGUCUCACCUCCUGGUGAUAUUUACUGUCUUGGCAUAUUGCUGCUUGAGCUGUUUACCGGAAGGAGCCCAACCGAUGGCACAUUCAGCGAUUCAUUAGGUCUGCACAAGUUUUCUGAGGAUGCUCUUCCAGAUAGAACCUUGGAGAUAGCUGACCCAACAAUCUGGCUGCAUGGAGAACCACAUGAUAAUGUGCUUGGCAUAUCCUGCUCAAAGCAACAGCCCCGAGACCGAACAUUGACAAGAGAUGCAGCUGCAGAGAUGAAUGCAAUCAGAGAUGCAUACAUUGCGUUCGUUGCUAGCUCAUAG